CGCUGGAAUACCAAAUCUUCAAAAGGCGCUGAAGAUUAGCAUGUGGAGAUUGUUUUGUGGAGCAAUCUUCAUUUUUAUUGGAUAGAUUUUUGAAAAGCGGAAAGGUUAAAAGGUUUUUUUCAGUUUGGUAUUUUGAGUGAUUUUAAGGGUUUGGUAUUUCGGCGGGUUCAGAUUUGUUAAAAAUUUUUUUUUUAUUUUUAAAAAUAAAAAAUGGAUAUUGCAACAACAACAACAGAUUCUCAACAAUUAUUUAAUUCUCUUCAAUUAUCUUCAUUUGAACCAAUUAAAAAAAUUAAAAAACGGUUUAAUUGUAAAUUAUGUGGAAGGAAAAGGAUGUAUUUUUGUUAUAAUUGUCGGAUUUAUAUUGAAAAUGUUGGUGAUUUUGUGCCUAAAGUAAAGUUACCUUUUAAUGUGGAUAUUAUAAAGCAUCGUUUGGAACGUGAUGGAAAAUCUACAGCUGUUCAUGCUGUUUUGUUAGCACCAGAACAAACUAAAAUUUUUGAUAAUUUUGUUGAUGUGCCUGACUACGAGUUGAGGCCAGGAACUGUAAUUUUAUGUCCAUCAAAAUAUUCAAUUCCUAUCAAUCAAUAUUUGUUAACUAAUGGAAAUAUAAACAAUUUAAUAGUUUUGGAUUCAACUUGGAAUACUAUUGGAACAUUAAAAAGUCUUCCACAAUUAAAUAAAUUGCCUUGGAUUCAUUUAUCUAAUUAUUCUACUGAAUAUUGGAGACCUCAAAAAGGGCUUUCUUCAGGUUUUUUUUUAAAUAAAAAUUUGAAUGGGGUUUGGUUAGGUUGCGUAGAAAUGGAAGAUUAUUUUAAAUUAUUUUUUGAUGAUUUGCGGACAAAUUUUGCGGAUUUUGACUUGAAAUUUUAUUGA